UUCUUUCUUCGUCAGUGGGCGGAAUGCGUAUUGCCCGGAUGUAGUUUGUUUGACGUCAAACCUGUUCUAGCGUCACAUCCAGAAGAACCGUUUGCAUUUCGCGCAAGAAACGAAGCGUCGGUGGACACCUUCAAGUAAUCACGGUUCAGAGAGAGUUUCACACUGAGCAGGCAACCAUGGCCAACCAACAAAUGGAAAUCAUAGCAAAGGUUUUGGAGCAGUCAGCCAAGCUGGUGGAGGAGCAGGUGGAUGCACAGUUGACCAAACUGAAUGAUAUGGAUGAAGAUGAUUUGGAGAGACUGAAGGAGAGGCGAUUGGAGGCACUUAAAAAAGCCCAGAAACAGAAGCAGGAGUGGUUGUCUAAAGGCCAUGGUGAGUACAGAGAAAUCCCAAGUGAGAAAGAUUUUUUCAGCGAGGUCAAGGAUAGUAAGAAUGUUGUCUGCCACUUCUACAGAAAUUCCACCUUCAGAUGUAAGAUCCUUGACAAACACUUGGCCAUCUUGGCAAAGAAGCAUGUUGAGACCAAAUUCAUCAAACUGAAUGCAGAAAAGGCCCCAUUUCUGACAGAGAGGCUGCGGAUCAAGGUUAUUCCUACGCUGGCUUUGCUGAUAGAUGGAAAGACAAAGGACUAUGUGGUUGGAUUCACUGACCUGGGAAACACAGACGAGUUCCCCACAGAGAUGCUUGAGUGGAGACUUGGCUGUGCAGAUGUUAUCAACUACAGCGGUAACCUGAUGGAGCCCCCGACAGUGACGCAGAGACCAAGCACAAAGUUCACAAAAGUGGAGAAGAAAACCAUCAGAGGACGAGGUUACGACUCUGAUUCUGAAGAUGACUGAAAAGCACUGACAGUCGCCUGGUUUUCUCUCUCAGGGCUACCUCAUUUAAAAAAAAAAAAAAAACGUCAAGCAGACAGCCCGCUUUAAUUUUCUUCUCCUUUUCUCUCAGUGACUUACCCAUUCAUUACAAAUGUCCAUAUUUUAAUUCCCCAGAUUUCAAAUCAAAUUACUUUAUAAAAAUAUGAAGCAUUUUUGUUUUAGCCUUAUUCAAUGAAUUGUCUGCCAUGUUUUCUAUUUGAAUAACUACAUAAUGACAUACAUGCACUUCAAGAGAUACACAUCAGAUUGGAGGAGGAUAAGUUUCACUGAGCCACUCCUCCUGUCCUCUGUUGGCUAACUUUGAACUCUAUUGUAUUGCUCUUGAUUUUGUCCCCUCAGUAGCUAAAACCUUAAAGCUCUGUCUUGAAUUACAGAUGUACUCAUUUAGGUAGUUCUGUUGAUUCCAUGUGUUUCCUUGUAACUAUGAGUCUGAUGUUAGAACAGAAACCACGAUGCAUGAGUGCCAAGAUCAUCUUUUAGCAUCAGAUUGCAUUUUUACACAACAUCUCCUUGUAGCAAGAGUGUGACUUAAAUAAUACAGACUUAAUAAAAAGCAUAAAAGGCAUUUAAAAAUCUGUGCUCCUGUACUUUUGGUGUUGCAGUAUCCUGAGAUUUCUGUUGUUACCAUACAUGAAAAUACUGCCUUUCUACAAUUUCCACAACGCAGCACAGUAUUGUUUCUUACUCUUUCUCCCCUGAAAAUGCUUGUAUUAAAUUGGUGACGUGUCCCUUGAA